AUGUUCAAAAACGAAAAGGGAAAGCGCACCUCCUCCAGUUACAAAGUCUCCGUAAUCGGAUGUUCUGGUCCAGUCGCUUCCAACUCCAAUCAACUGGGUGGCGACAGCGAUCUCGUAGGAAUAGGCAAGUCCUCCUUUUGCGCGCGCUUCAUGUACCCAGACCAGGAUGAGUACUCGCAAAUGGACAAGCGCUCGAUCAUCUCCAGCGUCGAUUUCGCAUCCGGCCUGAUCAACUACCAUCACACGCUCUGGUGGGGCACCACAACAGUGGAACCCGACGAAAAGACAGAACUCAGCUUUUCGCUCCUCGAGCAGACCGUUUUCGUCGACGAUUCCAGCCUCAAAGUGUUCGACGCCGACAAGCUCAAGAAGGAGCCGUACGAGAAGCGUUGCGCUAUCGAGGUUUUCAAGAACUGGCGCCAAAAGAAGUUCAAAGGCUUUGCGAAUUUUCACGACACACCGGAGCACGAGAACGACAAGAUGCCAGACAAAUUCAAGAUCGACGCCUUUCUGCUUCUGAUCGACGUCAGCAAGGAGCGGCACGACAAGCAGCCGAUCGAGAAUCAGCUGGUCAUUGUCGAGAAAAUUCUUAAGAACAUGAAGGAUAUCAAGAAGACGCCCGUGGUUGUUGCGUUGACCAAAUAUGACAAAGUAGCGGAGAGCCCCAGACUGGAAGACGACAUCAGCGGCAAAGUCAAGAACUUUUUCAAGCGGCCCGAAAUCGAAAAGAAACUCCUAAAGCAGCGAGAAGUGCCGAUUAUUGAGACCUCGGCGGACGAGAACGUGAACAUUUCGGAGACGUUUCAAGUGAUUGCCUCCCUUGUUGACAAGCGGCGCAACAAUAAAGAGAGCAGAAAGUCCGUCGAAGUGAAGCCCUUUCGACAGGCGCGCGAGGAAGUGCUAAAAAACGAGGCGCGAAUCAAUGAAGAUUUCAAGGAGUUCCUCAAGGAGAAUCUGGUCCAGUACGAAACGACGUACAAGGAACUCGAGAAAAAGUUUCACCCCGACUCGAGCGCCUUCAAAACAUUCGUUAGGCUAUUCGGAACUAGCAUGGCGCGCAAGGUGUUGCGUGAGCGAGUUAAGGACCUGAAGAAUCUUUACCACGACACGAUCAUCCGCGGAUACAAGCACUAUGUCGACAUGGCUUUAGGAGAACUGAUUGCGGACUCAUUCCAGAACGCAACGCCCACGUGGGACGAAUUGAUAGAGGAGGUCAAGACGAAAAACAACUUUAACAAGUGGUUCAUCACGCUUCCCAACUACGACGCUGUGAAUGGACACAACGGCAAAAGCGGCAACGAUGGAAAGUAUUGGUACGAAGACGAACACGUGAAUCAAACGAGCGAUAUUCGAAUUCCCAUCCAUGUACUGACGGACGAAUACGCCGGCGAGCUCUUCAAAAAAGACACACUUGGGAAGAUCGAACGACUCAAAUUAGCAAAUCAUGCAUUGCGAUCAGCUUCCUCUCUCCAACUCACGGAGCAGUCUAAGUCCACAAAUUCGAUCCCAAAUCGUUUGGGAAAAUGCUCUUCCCCCUCGAUCCACUCAUCGUCGACGAACGAACAAAUGUCCGAAAACGACCUCUCUUCCAUCGGGAAGCCGGACCACACUGCUUUCAGACUUAACCCAAACAGAUGGUGCUGGAACGGCGAUAGAAACAACACCAUUAAAAUUCUGUUUCUCUCCCAAAGCCCCAUUCCGCUUCAAAAAUUCUCAGAAAGUCUUGGCACUGGCGUCGAGAUAUUUCAAUUCAACGAAUCAUUUUCCAAAAUGGACCUCAACCAACUUUACCCUCCGCAUUCGCCGAACGGAAUAAUGGCAGUGUACUCUGACGGCGAAAAUCUUCAAUUUUGCAAAAAUUGGCUCACUUCCGCGACGCUGGAAGAUGAUGCACCUCUCAAGGCGAUACCGGUAUCUUUAGUGAUGAAUCCCGACCAUGACAUGGAUCCUUACAAACGACAGCGGCACGCAAUUGACGGUAGCGAGUUCUUCAACGAGAUCAACGGUUCCUUAUCGGCGGGCUUCUUCUUCUCUCCUCCUUCAAAUCAGCAACUUCAUCUCCCCCAGAAAAUGAAAGAGUUCGUUCACGAAUUGGCCAACCUACCCUCAAUCCGGAGCUCUGUGAUGAAUGCGUCCACAAAUCAAAAGCUUCAAGAAGUAUCUGGCGGUCCGUUGAUAGACGAGUCAUCGAUUGUUCUUGGGGUCUGCGCGCCUGCACUGGAUAAGGAACCGAGUGAGAUCUUUCAGAAGUAUCUGAGUAAUCAAGCGCAGCAGCUCAACUAUGGCGUUGGAAAAUAUGGACCUAAUUGGCUUCAGAUCGAUGACAUAAUCUUCGAAUUCUUCGAAUUUGGAAGCGGCUCCUCCCUCGAGCAGCCCGAUGUCAGUCACGUUGAUGGUUUAAUUUUCUGCUUUUCAAAGCUCAACGGCCUCCAAUCGUGUGCCGAAUUUUUCUCAAGGUCUCCUGCGUCCAAAAAGCCCUUUCAACUCUUUCAGAGUACAUCAAGUCACUCGACCGAAGACAGUUUCCAGCGACUGGCGAGCGAAAAGUUUGGCGAAGUCAAGUACGAAAUCAUACGAAGCAGUCAACUCUUGUCGCCUCUUUUGACUAAAGAGCAGCAAAAUGAAGCGCGCCUUGACCGGAAAUUUGAAGAGAUCAUCAACGCAGCCAAGGCGAGCAAAAGCAUAGGACGGAUGUUCAGCGAUGGCACAGUUGAGACACUUGCCACUCCCGACAGCACAUUCAGCACGCUCGACAAAAAUUCAAACUUUGGGUCGUCUUCCAUCUCUGUGGAGUCAUCGGACGCGGCGGAAAAUGUUCGCGAUAGAGCUAUGAGGUUCAACCAGGCGCAUUUUCCAGCGACAAGGAGCAAAGUUACAGUUAACCACCAUGUCGGGAGGCUCGACCGAUCGAAAUUGGAGGGACUGGAUGCGAAACUCGCCGAUGUUUAUUCCGAAAAGCGGCGAGUGUCGAUGCCGACUUCGAUGAUCGGCGACUUUCUUUCCCCGUCCAUUGCAUCUUCCUUAUCAUCAUCCGUCACCAGAGUUUCUGAUCAAGGGCUAGAGAACGGAAAAACCACUGGCAAGAAAGUCAAGAAGCGCCGUUCAAAGGCAAACGAUUUAAAUACGUCUUUGAAAGACUCAGAUACUGAAUCUCUUCACGAUAUGUCAACCAGUGUAGCUGCUAUUUCAAACAAGCAAGAAAAUUCUUCAAUUUUAUCCCAACUCGACACUCACCAUUCCAAAAAUUCAAAAUCCCGACCUCGAUUCACCACGCCGAAACCGAUCCGAGAAUUUCUCGGGAUGGAGAAAUCCCAGAGUAACAGCUCGACAGCAAAAGGAGUUUCUCCAUUUACGCCGAACCCGCUGCAUCACGGUGGAUACAGCGAUCGCUUCUUUCGUAGAGAACUUGGGGAUGAAGGCACAUUCGAGAAUCUCGAGGGACCGGAUGCUCUUGUGCCUGUCUUCCUUAAGGUCAUCGUAACUGCCAUUGAAAGCUCUUCACUCGACUACGAAGGACUGUAUCGGGUUCCAGCUGACAGCAAAAAACGCUCUCUUCUGCUCAAGCAUUUCGAUGAGACGUUCAAAAAUUCUUCAGAUUUCGACUUCGGUGAUCUUUCUCUGGCGCCAAAUACACUAGCUGGUUGCGUUUCGUGGUUCCUAAGUCCGAAAAAUCUACCUUCGCCCAUAAUUCCAGAGAGUCUACAGGAGGACUUGGUGAAAGCAAUAGCCCCAACCAGUGAAUCAGCGCCGCCUCCCUGGGAAAGAAUACGCAACGUCCUGCUAGAAUUACCCGUGCGUGAAAAGGGCCUUGCUAAUUGGCAUACGCUUCGUUUUAUUUGCAGGCACCUGUACUGUGUCUCCGAGAAAUCGGAGAUCAACAAGAUGAGUUGUCGUAAUCUCGCAACCUGCUUAUGUCCAACCUUUUUCCCUCUGAAAGAUCCGAGCCAAUAUCAGUCCGAGUCAUUCUCUGGUGAUCUGAUUGAAAUUCUGAUAUGUCUGAUAGAGCACCACGAUUCCAUUUUCCGCGACGAUCCAAAACGCAUAAAACUGAUGAAGCAAGAAUAUUUGCGCAAAAAGUGA